AUGAAGCCUUACUAUCCUCUUUUUCUUGCCCAGGCUGUCUGCUGUGCUACCUUGCAAGAACAGACCACCAACCUAAAUGACAAUGCUCUGGCAAAGAGAGCUUCCUGCAAUGUUUGUGUAACUACGGUGAAGGCCUCUUCUACCACGAUCUGGGGCCCUUUCUCGAUCCCCUUCGACCAAGGUGGUCAGACGUCAAGAGGAGUAUACGUGGGGUGCAAUGUCCACAUUGACCGCAAACGGACUACAGACUGUCCACAAUGGAGAGUUUGGACUUCUGGCUCUUGUGGGCAGGUUAUAAAACAGCAAACAUGCUGA